AUGACGUCGUCGAGCUCGCUGCCGGCGGUGUGGAAGUCGACCUCGGGGCUCUCGCAGGCGGGCCUCUCGCAGGCGAGCGACGAGGUGGCGCAGCUGGUGCUGCAGCAGGUCAAGGAGUCCGAGUCCGAGAGAACCCGAGGGACUGCGAGCCCGAAGCACAGGGUCUCGCUGUGGCCGGGCCUCGAGCGCGCGUACAGCUGGAGCGAGUCCGAGGACGGGACCGAGACGACCAGCCAGUGGAGCGCGCCGGCCGGAAGACGCCGCGGCAGUGCGGCUUCUUCCUCGCAGCCCCGGAGCCCGAGGCAGCAGGACGUCCGAGACCCCUCCAGGGCCGCCGAGCCGCGGCGGGAGCCGCAGAAGGGCAGCGGCCCGGAGCCCCUGGGCGGCCAGAGGCAGAUGGCGCAGCAGCAGAAGGAGCUCGUCUGCGCACAGCUGAAGAAGGAGCUGCGCGACCGCCUGCGGCAGCUCGACGCAGUUGCGCUAGCGAAGUGGAAGCGCCUCGAGCAAGAGCACCAGCUGAACCGGGAAUUCCUUCAGAAACAGGUCGCUUGGCUCGCGGCGCAGCGCGCGAAGCGGAGGGCCGUCGACGAGCUCGAGCGGGCGCGGACGGAGCUCCUUAGCUGCGCGCCGUCGCCCGCCUCCGGGGACCUGGCCGCGGCGUCCCUGGCCCUCGGCGGCCGCGCCGAGCUGGAGGUCCAGCCGGUGAGCCCCGCCGUGGGGAGCGCCACCGCGUGGGCCGCAGGCUGUGCCGGUAGCUGGCCCGGCCCCGGCCGCGUCGCCGCUACCGUCCCUGGCGCCAGCGCCGGCGGCGACGGCGCGCGUGCUGGGAGCCCCACGGCGCCGGCCUGCUUUGUGGCAUGGCAUGGUGCAGCCUCUUCUGCGGGGGUGGCUUCUACAUCUACGUCGCGGUUGCUGCCACAGGCUGUACAGGGACUUGGGCAGCAGCCGCAGCCGCCCAAGUGCCCGAAGGGCCACUUGAUGCAGCACUCCAGCAUGACGCCGUCGGCUAGGUGGCACAGCAUUUGCGACAUAUGUGGUGCGGACUCUCAGUCUCAGAAGGGACCUGGCGGCGGCAACGCGCGCUGGAAGUGCGAGGAUUGCGACUACGACGUGUGCUUCCGGUGCCGCCCGUGGUCCGAGGCUCCAGCGUCGAGCCGCCGCAGCCAGGGCUCCUCGCUGAGCCCGGGCCUCUCGCCGACCGCCGCCGCUUGCAGGGCAUCCCCCCCCGCCUUCGCGGCGUGCGCUGGCGCCGGGUCCCGGCACUGA